AUGGGUUCCUUGUUUCAAUCCACUAUCGACAGGAUCAUUUCAUCCCACACCGCAAAAGCUCCUCAGGCGACGGCUGUUGAAGAUGGCGACCGCAAGAUGUCUUAUCAGGAGCUUGAGCGGAAGGUAGUCAACCUCACCUCCAUGCUCGCGGAGCACGAUCUCAAGCAUGAAGAGCCAGUUUGCAUCCUGGCAGAUCUCGGCGUUGAGGUGGUCGUCGCUCAGCUGGCUGUCAUACGCCUUGGCCUGACAUGCAUUCCCUUGAUUACAUGUACACCCAGGCUUCGCCUUAUGAGUAUUCUGAAGGAUGUGGGGGCAAGAUGUGUUCUUUCAGACUCGGCAAACAUUCCUCUGGACAGUGAAUUCACAGUCCUUCCCAUCACUGUCGAUGGCGAAGAAUGGCAAGGCCACGACGCCGAUCGUGCGGGGUGUGCCGACGGUGUCGAUGGCAACCCAAGUUCAUUUCUUGAAUGCCAAAACCCCAACUAUCGUACUCACAUCCUGUAUACCUCUGGAUCUACUGGAAAGCCCAAGCCGGUGCAGGUUAUGGAGCGAAGUAUCCUGCAUCUAGCGUCCAAGAGCCCGCUCGGAAUCCUGGACCCAACCGACAAAGUCGCCGUCAUCAACAACCCCGGCUUCGACAUCUCCCUCUUCGAGAUAUUCACUGGCCUGAUCGGAGGAGCGACGCUCGUGAUCGUGCCUCGCACGGUGGUCACCGACCCCUUCACCUUCCGCGAGUUUAUCACCGAGAAAAGACUUUCGGUCAUCUAUCUGACCUCCACCUUGUUUGGUAUCAUCGCCCACGCCUGCCCGACCACCUUCCACAACGUCAAGCAUCUUCUGAUCGGCGGAAGUGCUGCCAAUGUGGCAGCAGUAAAGGCUGUUGUGAAUUCGUCUCUGCCGCCGAAAUAUUUCUGGAACACGUACGGCCCUACCGAGAUCACGACACAUGCGGCGAUGCACUUGGUAACCCCAUCAGAAUUCAAGUACGAUAACAUCGGGCUCGGGAAACCUUUUGGCAAUGGGCGCCUUUGUCUGGUGAAUGAGGAUCUCAGUACCAUUACCACCCCGGGCGUUGUCGGUGAGGUUCUCCUUACUGGACCCGGCUUGACACGUGGAUACGUUGGUCUUUCUCAAGAGAAUGAGUAUCGGUUCCUGCAGCUCGAAGACGGCCUGCGGUACUACCGGAGCGGUGACCGAGCGAAAUGGAGAAAAGGCGAGGCAGAUGUUCUCGAGUUCGCCGGACGCACGGACUUUCAAGUCAAGCAGGGCGGCUUCCGCGUGGAGCUUGAAGAGAUCCAGCAUAUGCUACUCUCUAGCGGUCAGCUCGUGGGGGCUGUCGUCGUUCAGGUACCCGGAAGCAGCGUGACCGUGGGCGCGUUCAUCGUUGCCUUCGUCAUUCCAGCAAUCGCCGAUACCCUACGCGUCGGAGCGUUGGAGGAAUAUCUUGGGGAGAGGCUGCCCGGAUAUAUGAUCCCAAGCGAUAUCGUGUUCUUCCAGGAGUUUCCAUUGAACGAUCACGGGAAGAUUGAUCGCAAGGCCUUAAUUCAAACGUACCUCAUGGAGCGAGAGCAGCAGAAGUCCGAAUUCAAAGACAGUCGUGACACCGCCACCAUCGUCAGGGGGCUCUGGUCCUCGUUGCUCAACAAACCAUCUUUCAAGCAAGACGAUGACUUUUUCCGACUGGGGGGCACCUCGCUGCAGGCGGCGGCCCUGAUUGCCAAGCUGCGCGAGCACACGGGCAGAACAAUUUCCAUGCGAGGUCUGGUUGAAAACUCCCGUCUCCACGAGCUGGUCGCCUAUCUGGGCGAAUUUGUCGAGGGGGGCAAUGCUCCCGACGACGCCGAUUGUUGGAUCGCUGACGCCCGACUGACCGAUGACCUGAAGAUUAAUCCGGCCUGGUCCGCUCAGGAUUGGGACUCAGUCAUCGACUGGACUGCCCCAGGGGAAGGACGUCUUUUCUUGACCGGUGUCACCGGGUUCGUGGGGGCCCAUUUUCUCUUUCGCUUUCUCAAUAUGCCGGAAGUGCAGGAGGUUGUCUGCCUUGCGCGCGCGAAGAGUGGCCAGACACCCCGUCGGCGCGUGGAGCACACUCUCAAGCGCUAUGAAUUCUAUGAACGAGUCGCCCAUCACCUGGACAAGCUGACUGUUCUCGAAGGCGAUAUCACACAGACGGACCUUGGGUUAUCCGCCAGCGACUACACCCAACUGGCGGACAGGACCAGCGCGAUUUUCCACAUCGCGGCAAAGGUCAACUACUGCGAGCCAUACUCGGCCCAUUUCAAGCCCAACGUUCUAGGAACCAAGAACCUGCUUGAGCUGGCUGCGCAAGGCCGCAGGAAAGCCUUCCACUACAUGUCCAGUCUCGACGCGUGGGGUGCUACCGGUCUCAUCUACGGGACCCGGGUGCUAUUGGAAGACGAGCCUCUUCUCCCACACAUCGGGUCCCUUGCAUUUGACAUUGGCUACGCAUCUAGCCAGUGGGUCGCAGAGCAGAUGGUCCGCGGUGCCCGCGACCGCGGCCUUCCCGCCGUGAUCUAUCGACCCGGGUUCGUCAUCGGGGACACGCAACACGGCGCCGGCAAUCCGGACGACUUCGUGUCCCGUCUGUUCAUGGGAUCGAUUCGCCUCGGUGCGUUCCCGCAUCUCCCCAACCAGCGCAUGGAGUUCGUCACGGUGGAUUACGUCUGCGAUGCGACGUUGCAUAUCGCCUCCAAGAAGAGCAGCUUCGGUCGCUCGUACUGCCUGGUGCCGCCCUCGCCCGCAAUCUCCGUGGAUAUGGAGAAGACGUAUGAGAUUCUGGUCGAAGCAGGCUAUGCGCUCCGCUUGCUUCCCUACUGGGACUGGGUCCGCGAGCUUCAGGAGAUCGAGGAUCAGGACAAUCCGCUGAACCCCCUCCUCCCGAUGCUGCAGGAGCCCGUCAUCAGUGGGCUGUCACGGUUCCAGACGAGCCGGCAGACUCCUUGGUACGAUUGCUCCAACACCCUCGCAGCGCUCAAGGAUGCCCCGGAGAUCAAGUAUGCGCCGCUUAGUGUCGACUUGCUGACCACGAUCCUGCGGUUCUGGCGGCGGAUUGGGGCUUUUUGA